CGAGUUUCGAAGCCGAAUGCGGAUGACAUUUUCUACUAUUCACAAUGCGAUGUGCCCGAAGCUUAGUCGAGGGUUGCUUCAUGGACAUUUACCGAGAUCGGGCCCAACGAUAUCAUCGGGUUUGAAACAGGGAGGAACGCCAUGGAUAUUUGUCAAAGGGUUAGCGUCCUAUCUAAUGUUGUACCGGAAGUCCAGGUGUCAUGACGCCAAAGUCCCGUACUCCGGCGCUGAGCACGGCUAUCGCCACAAACACAUAAACACGUUCUCAGACAUCACAGUCAAGAUCUCCAUCUUCACGGCUCUGGGAAGGCUUUCAACGUCCUGAAGGCGAGGUGGUGACCCGGGCUGAUGAACAGGCGGGAAUUUGCGCCAACUUUGGUCUUGAGGGGAAUCCUCCACAAGGCAUAUUCGCACCACCCGACGAUUUCCGUCAGAGAGCAUCUGGACUUGUGGAAGAAGCUGGCAGCAAGGGACGGAUUGGAACCCAGGCGACCGGAGGUAUUGUUCUGACCCUUCCUCGAUUUCAUGAUGGACAAGGCUUUCUUUCACCGCGAAUAUGAUACGGGUGCAGCCGUGGCAGUUGGACUUACCGAGAGCAUUGAUACGGUCAAGGGCUACCACAUCGCAUUUGACAGAAUGAAGGCGGCGAAGGUCAUUCCAUAG